AUGAACACCAUGCGCAAGCACUGGCAGAACAAGCACAGCUGGUCGCCAUAUCCCAGCCGUGGCCGUACAGCGCCACAAAAGCGUACGGCAGCACAGGAUGAGGUGGACAGAUCAUGCCAGAAGGUGCAGUUCCAGCAGGUAUUUGCAUCGCGCAAGGGCUCCCACUAUCCAACAGGUGGGGGUGGAAUGGACGUCCAUUCCAUUCAGGGCCGGAGUGGAUAUGAAAUACAACAUAUCCAAAUCAAAAGCGAUAAUUCCGCCGGGAAGGGGUUAAAUUUUAGUGUCAAAGUCAAUGAGUUGAGGCAACGGAGCGGCGCAAAGCGGUGCAAGAUCAACAAAUCGAACACGCUGGACCCAAACCAGUUGGACGUCAAACCCGUCCAACCAGGAGUCAGAGAUGGAGAGCCAGCAGGGUGA